CGCGGGAAUUUUCAAAUCAGGAGGAGGUCAAUGCAUGAUUGUCGUGGAUCUUGAAGCAAGAUGGCGACAAAAUCGACGAAAGUGCAUGCAAAACUAAGCGAUGGCGAAAGGCGAUCGAAUGGAUUUUGCAGGUACUUUGUACGUGGUGACUGCCGUGAGAAGAAUGAAUGCAAGUUUUCCCAUAACUUAGAAGAUGUUCCCGUGUGUCGCUACUACUUGGAGGACCGAUGCAUGUUUGGUGCGGAAUGCUGGUAUAGACAUCCUGAACAGGACAUAGCCAAUGUCGGACCUAUGGCGGCUAUUCUUGGCGCCGGCCUAAUGUGCGGGGUAGGAACCAACAUGAACCUGCUGCUGGCUGCCGCUGUUGCGGGCGCGGCCACGCCCACCACCCCUGAUGACGUCAAUCAAGAGGGUGAGGAGGAGAAAGAAGACAUAAGUCUGGAAAAGGUUAUGGAAAUGUGGCAUCAACGAAGAGAAAACGCUUCAGAAGAUGUUGAUAAAAACAACAUCGACAAGCUUGAGGAGGAGAGCACCGAGAAAGACGAGUCCACGGAUACAAGGGACAGCGCCUGCAGCCAUGAGGAGAAGGAAGAGAACCUUCUGGAAUUCUCUACCGAGCUGAAGCGUUACAGCAUCGCCUCGUGGAGUGCAAGCGACAUGCACAAGUUCAUCUCUACGCUCGCUAAACUAGACAUCGAGGAGUACGACGAGUAUGACAUCAUCACCAGCAAGAUACUCGGCGACUCCAUCAGGUCCUGGCAGCCAGAGCCCAGUAAGACCGCGGAGCUGUUCAUGAUGAUCACAGAGACGUCCAAGACGGACCUCACCGCGCUCAUACUCACCCUCUGUAACGCACCGGACAAGGUGCACGACAUGGAGAGGCACAUUGCCGCGGUGGUGCUUGCUGCGCAGAAACGUGACCCUAAGCUGUGGAGCUCUGUGGCUGUUGGCAAACUCCUCCAGAGGAUCGAAGAGUAUGGUUUUAACGUAGAUGCCAUCGAGAUGUUCAACAGUAUCGGGAAAGAUCUCCAAGACGCGGAGAAAGUUGGUGAACUUGUACACGACUAUCUUGUCGCCACUGGCGAGAAGAACACGUUCGACUGCCGCUGCAGGACCCCCGAAUGCGAGUGCCCGGUGGUCGCGGACGAGGGCGUGGCAUUCCUAAUGUUCUCAGGGCUACAAAGGAAGCUUGACUGGAGCGGAGAGGACAAGAUCAAGUUUUUCAAGAAAGCCACGGGCUGCCUGUGGCCUCCGGAGAUACUAAAAGAGCUUGGUGACAUUUUUGGUAUUAAGGAUCCUUUAAAGGUGGCGACGCCUCGUGUCCUGAAGCGUAACCAGAAACUACUCGGAAUGCCUGAACAGGAAGCCAACAUCAUCAACACCAAGAAGCAGAAAGCCAAAUCGCACAAGUGUUCCGGGGGAGGCUGUCCUAACCAAUCCAAGCGCGACUGCGAUAACGCCAUGUGUGGGAAAUGCUGUAGGAAGACUGGGAAAAGCUGUGACGUGCAUGAGGACUUCAGCGCCUAUGUCCCCCCGGAAUGGGACUCGGGGCUGGGGUUCAAGUUCCAUAAGGUGGAGCCGAGUGUGGUCUUUAACACUGAGCAGCAGUUCGAGAACCUAACGGCACUUAAGAAACAGAUCAAAAGAGUUGAGUUCGGCCCCGACUUCUCUGUGACUGAUGAUCACGUGAUAAAAGUAGUCGAUUUAUGGUCGGAGCAUCUCGUGGUACUACAGCUUGGCUCGUCCGACUCCGGAUGCGGCAGCCAACUCACUGAUGCAGCGCCAAAGUACAUUGCUGAUCACUGCCCAAAUCUUCGGAAGCUACGACUGGAGUCAGCUACUCACGUGACCGACGAAGGGAUGUGUGCGGUAAUCGAUAAGUGCCCGCUGCUAGAAGAGCUCCACAUCAGUGGUAACGACAAGAUAUCGGGUAAUGUAAGCUCAAAGGCGCUAAAGCCUCUGUUUGAGUCUGCAGUGCUGCCAAAUCUGCGUCAGCUGUGUGUCUACGACCAGCACCGAAUCGAGCACGAUGUUGUGUAUCGGCUCCGACGACGCCGUCCGAAGCUGAAGAUCCAUGCAGGCGAGACAGACAGCGAUAGCUUUGCUCAUUCCAUGAUGUUAUCAAUGAUGGGGAUGAGUUAUGGUGACGGCUUCUAUUAGCGCGAAUGCUCGCAUUUGAACGCGUAGAAGAAUAAAUAAGCACUUAUCAAUUGGAAUGUCAACGGUUUAAAGCAAUAUUUAUGUAAUUAAAUAACGCAUUAUUACAGAAACUAUUACUGUAACUUGCUAGGAUGGAAAUGUUCUGCCUAUAGUGUGUCAUUUAAUAUAUCUGAAAUAAGAAAUUGAAAUAAAGCAAAAGAAAAACCUGCAA